GGACGCUCGGGAGCUAUUCUACGAGAUGGGCGGUCGAGUUCGCCUUCCUCAAACGUUCAGCGAACUCCCGCUUGCCGUCCGCUUGUUCACGUUCCGGUACCUAUGUCGUCGGUACCCGGUCCUCCGCCUGUGCCAUAGGAACUGGAAGGCGCAGCGUGUCUCGGAAGGCGCUUACUCCAGCAUGAUUGCUACGUACCAGAGUCGGUAUGAAAAGGCACAGGGGCUCGCGGAGUCAGAGAAAAACGGGACUGAGGAGGAAAGGGCGACAAAGCGGGCCAGGAUCGAGUGCGCCUCUGGGGGUGACAGUCGCUCCAAUUCAGUGGUCCCGGAAACCCCAUCUCAACUUUCGUCAUCCUCCACCUCCUCGCUGGAUGGAACUGAGCGGCAUCCCUCUGCGAUAGGGUCGCCGUCAACCACCUCCUCUGACAACACGAGCGAGCAGCCCGCCUCUCCAACUGAAGACGCGCAUUCGACCUUCUCCGUUGACGCAAACGAGCGGUCUACGGCUGCGACAGAGGAAUCGCGAUCGGACUUCCCUUCAGAUAUCAAUCAGCCGCCGUCCAGCUGGCGUUUCCAGCGCCGACGUCUGGCCGACAAUCGUAUCGAUCUUUCCGAGUCCAUUGAUCUGUCUUCUUCGCUGUCGUCUAUCAGUCCGCCCGUCCAUCACGCCCCCUAUGCUGCCGCCCCACUAUCUGCUACGGGCCCUGAAAAUUCCUCCGACCAUGCAAGUGGCAGCGAGGCGACCAGCGUGCCGCCAGUCGAGCAGUCAGAGUCCCCCGAGCAGCCCGUGGACACCAUCAUGUUGGGUAGCGUCUCCGUGACGUCGCCCGUGGAGACGCCCGCAGCCGAAGAUACCGAGGUGCAGACGAGCAGCGGACGAGGUGGUGCACCGAUGCCUCCUCCAGCGGAGAGCUGCGCCAUGCACAUGUACUACGCGAACUGGCCCCUCAAAGGGAAGGGAACCAAGUACGCGCUCUCUCGCGACUUCAAGAAGCUCUCUGAGGAAGAGAAACUAGUCUACGAGAAGAAGUACAAGGAAGCCAAGGAGAUGAAAGUCGGUCUCGGAAAACGCAAGCGCAACACGACGUGAUCUCAUCCCUUUCCAUUCGACGCUGCUUCAUUCGACUUUCGUCUCACUCAUUCACUCGCUUUGCUUUCGAUUGCCGCCCUUUCGUACUCUUUCGUUUCGGCUAGUUUUCGGGUUCUGCGGUUUUGCUUUCAUUGCUCAUUCGCUCUCGUUGGCUCUCGUUCGUACUCUUUGGCAAUGGGCGGGAACGACCGUCAAAGAGUGUAAAUAGGUGACUAUUCACUACCAUUUUGUCGCUACGGUUUCGAUUCGAAAUAUCAUUGCUGCUCUUUGUACUCGUUUGACUUAAUUUAAAGGAAAUUUGAAUAUUG